UAAUCACUCUCUGGUGGUCAAUUGUUCUGAUCUAUUCUGAUCCGUCAUUGACAACGACAUUUGUUUACACAAUGGCGUCUGGCAGUGAAAAUGCCACAGAAGAGAGGAUUGAACCGGCGCCAAGUCAGCCUGCUGCUAGUGUUUGUGAUGGAGCGCACAAGACCAUUGGUGUUGAGAAAGAGGCUGAUGUCUCCGGUGUACCCUCGAAGAAAUCCAGAGUAGAAAUUCAGUCAUUACCAACGAGACAGUACCUGGAUCAAACUGUAGUCCCAAUAUUACUCCAAGCAUUAUCAAGUCUCGCUAAAGAACGACCAGCAGAUCCAAUUAGUUUCCUAGCAGCUUAUCUAUUGAAAAACAAAAAUCAGUACGACAACGGUGGAUCACCCCCAGUCAGCCAAUAAGUAUUAUCCCAGUACGAGUAAUAUUAUGGUGUACUUUGGAAUGUACUGACGAAAAACGAUGCAAUACUUCCUCCGUCUCACUCUCACAACCAAAAAUCAUGAUUUUUUUAAUCGCAUGGCUCAUAUCAUUAGGUUUUUUUCGAUGUAAUGAGCAUUUGAUCAUUGAUGUAAAGAAGACUAUUUGAUUUUUCAAUCCACAAAGAAUAAAUCCUAUCGGUUAUGCGAAA